AUGGAAAUCGACACCGCGACUGUUGGGGACCCUUUGCGAUUGCUUUCAUUAGAUGGCGGCGGAAUUCAUGGACUAUCGGCCCUCUUUAUACUGCAGGACCUUAUGAGAUCAGUCAAUCCGGACAAUCCUCCUAAACCCUGCGACUAUUUUGACCCAAUUGGAUGGACCAGCACAGGAGGGCUCAUUGCGAUUAUGCUUGGUCGCCUGGGCAUGGACAUACAACAAUGUAUAGAUGCUUAUCAGCAACUGUCCAAGGGGGCUUUUCACCCGCGUAGGCAGUUGAGAAUCCCUUUCAGGCGAGCGCAAGGCUUCGACCAGGUCAGUAGAAGAUUUGACGGAGAUAAGAUAACCCAAAUCGUGAAGGAGAUUGUACGAGGAGCUGGAGAGCACGCGGAUGCAAGAUUAAAGCUAUCCGAGGACCCGCAAUGCAAAGUUUUUGUAUGCGCCGCCGUUCAAGAUGUUAUUGAACCGAUAUUGCUUCGAAAUUACGACUCGCCUGGAGUGUCCCAAGACAACUGUAUGAUCUGGGAAGCCUGCCGUGCAACCUCAGCCGCUACACCCUUUUUCGAACCCGCAGUUCCGCCAUCCAAUGGUCAACUCAGCGAAGGUGUAACCAGUUGGAAUAACUCAUAUUGGGAUUGGAGUCCCACGAUGGAUCCACCUCAAUCGAACGUCAUUCAAACUUUGAAAGCAAUUGUUGCAGAAGCUGGACGUACAGCCGAAGACUUCGAGUCGGAGCAUAAGGAGUUGGGCCUGUUCGGCUCUUAUUUUCGCUUCAACGUCGAAGAAGGCUUGGAAAAUGUGGGACUUGAUGAAUACACCGCAGUUCCUACUAUCGUUUCAGCAAAAACAGCUUACUUACGAAACCGUGGGAUGAGCGAACUUCAACACUGUGUUUCCCGACUUCGGCAGCAAUCUGCACGUCAGGAUGUUACUAGCCGGCUUUGUGCACUGGACACCAACGAGCAGCUGUGGCUACUCACUUUGUUCAACCCUAACCUGUACUUGGAUCUCUCAACACAAAAAGUACAAACGGUGGAUGGAUGCACACCGUUCAAAUCUUCUGUGGAUUUCAGGAGAUUCAAGUUGCGAAAGAACGUCUAUAUCAUCGAUCCUCAUUCGUGA